AUGGGUAUCACUAUAAGACAAGCAACAAUAAAUGACAUACAAGCAAUGCAAAAUGCUAAUUUGCAUAACUUACCAGAAAAUUAUCAAUUAAAAUAUUAUAUGUAUCAUAUUUUAUCAUGGCCACAAGCAUCAUUUGUUGCAACUACAUUUGAUGAAAUUGUAAAUUAUAAUGAUCCAGAAGAAAUACCUGAAUCUGAAGUAAUAACUGAUACAAAAGGAGAUACAGCAUAUAUUAAUAAAGGAGAAAAGAUUGUUGGUUAUGUAUUGGGUAAGAUGGAAGAUGAUCCAGAAGCAGCUGACAAAACCCCCCAUGGUCAUAUUACUUCAUUAUCAGUAAUGAGAACAUAUCGUAGAAUGGGUAUAGCUGAAAAGUUAAUGCGACAAUCACUUUAUGCCAUGUGUGAAAGUUUUGAUGCUAAAUAUGUUAGUCUUCAUGUUAGAAAAUCAAAUAGAGCUGCAUUACAUUUAUAUCGAGAUUCAUUAAAUUUUCAAAUUACUUCAAUUGAAAAAUCAUAUUAUCAAGAUGGUGAAGAUGCUUAUGCUAUGAGAUUAGAUUUAGAAUUGGAAAAGUUGUUACCUUCUAGUUGUCAAGGUGCACAAGAACUGGAUGAUAUAACAAAGGAUUUGUUAGAAGAUUUAUAG